CCGGCUCGGGUGCAAAGUUUCAGCCCGUCUGCAAACCGAUGAGCUCCAGACUAUGCUCCUAGGACAUUUCGAAUCGCAGGCUACAAAAGCUUGUUGUCGUCGCUUAAUUUCUCUAUUAAGAUAAAUUAUCUUUGACUUGGAGAGAAUGAAAGUAUAUUCUCGAUUUUUUAUUUAAAAGACGCUGUUUAGUACAGCAUAUCGGUUGCCUGCUAGAAGGCAGUUGCCCUGCUCGCUAGGUUUUGAUUCACUCUCAUUGUUGUGUGGCGACGUAUCGUUAGCUAGCACACAAGCUAGCUAGCUAUUUGGCUAGCGUAAUAUUUUAGAGCUCCGCAGCGAAAAAAUGGCUUGUGAACCCAACCGCAUUCGGCUGCUAUGUAUGCUGUCACUGACAUUUGGGUUUUUUAUUGUGGAGGUUGUGGUCAGCCGGAUAACGGCAUCCCUGGCGAUGCUGUCGGACUCCUUUCACAUGCUAUCGGAUGUCAUAGCGCUUAUGGUGGCUCUGGUUGCUGUCCGCUUUUCGGAGAAGACACAAUCCACAAACAAAAACACUUUCGGAUGGAUCCGUGCGGAGGUGAUGGGAGCUUUAGUGAAUGCCGUGUUCCUCACGGCACUGUGUUUUACCAUCAUCCUGGAGGCCAUCGAGCGUUUCACCGAGCCACAUGAGAUCGAAAGCCCCGAAAUUGUCAUUGGUGUCGGGGCGGCGGGGCUUCUGGUUAACCUGCUGGGGCUGUGUCUCUUCGGGCACGCUGGAGGGGGACAUGGCCAUUCUCACGGAGGCCACUCUCACGGGGGCAAGAAGAACAAGAGGGCCAAAUUAUGCAAGUCUGAACGACCGUCCGGCAGUGGCGGUUCGGGCGAGGAGACCAACAACUUGGUGGGAAAUCACAGCACCAGCCCGAACGGCGUAAAUGCCGACAGACUGGGCAGAAAUGAGAAUUCACGGAAGGGCAGUGCCGACCUGCAGCUGAACGGCAGCACAGCGUACGAGGAGCUGGAGGCGGAGGCAGAGGCGGCAGCGGCGGCGCACGACUCGUCUGUGUCACUGAACAUGCGCGGCGUCUUCUUGCACGUGCUGGGUGACGCGCUCGGCUCGGUCAUCGUGGUGGUGAACGCGAUCAUCUUCACCUUCGUGUGGCAGCCGUGCCAGCCGGGCACGCCUUGCGUCAACCCGUGCACCCAUGGCCACUGCUCCGACCACCUGCACUUCAACCACACGCUGGUGGCCGUGCCCGACGACGGAUUGGUCAUCAACGGCAGCCUGUUGGUGGAGACGGGUGGAUACGGCGGGAUGGUGAUGCGCGCCGGGCCGUGUUGGGUGCUGUAUCUGGACCCCGUGCUGUGCGUGACCAUGGUGUGCAUCCUGCUCUACACUACCUAUCCGCUGCUGAAGGAGUCAGCACUCAUCCUGCUCCAGACCGUGCCCAAGCAGAUCGACGUGGGCCUGCUGAGCGAGCGGCUGCGGGCGCUGGACGGCGUGCUGGCCGUGCACGAGCUGCACAUCUGGCAGCUGGCGGGCAGCCGCAUCAUCGCCACGGCGCACAUCAAGUGCCAGGACCCGGCCGCCUACAUGGACGUGGCCAAGCGCAUCAAGGACUGCUUCCACGACGCCGGCAUCCACGCCACCACCGUGCAGCCCGAGUUCGUCACCGUCAACUCGGAGUCGCGCGCCUCGCUCUGCGAGCUCUCCUGCCGGACGCAGUGCGCGCCCAAGCUCUGCUGCGGCUCGGCCGAGGAGGGCAACGCCAACAACGGAGGCGGGAAGAGGCCGACGGAGGGCGGGAACAAGGCGGUCGCCGAGGCGACGGCCACGCUGGAGGUGAUCAGCGAGUCGCUGGAGAGCGCGGCCGCCGGGAGCUCCGGAGGAGGGCAGCUGCAGGUGACGCCGCGGUCAGAGACCGACCCGGCCGUCGUUGUCGUCACAAGAGAGGUGGAAUCUUCCCUGUGAAGAUGGAAAGACAGAGAGAAAGAGAGAUAGGGAACGGGAGACGCUGAGGCCUCUAUCAACGUAAUGUAGGAGAAGGCUCAGUCGAUGUGGAGAAUUGAAGUCAUUAGAUGACAUUUCUCUACUUUAUCACCAAAAAAAAACACUGGAAGGCUGCAAAAUGUGUCCUGACGUCACACACCCGAGACGAGGACCUCUUUAGGUGACCUGAACACACACAAACACACUUGGCUCACACAUCUCACAGGGCCUCAUGUCUCUCCAGGUUUUUUUUCUGGAAGCAUAUUUCUGAUGACGAGUUAUAUAUAUAUGUGUGUGUGUGUGUGUGUGUGUGUGUGUGUUCUCUUUCCUCGGCCCACAUGGAGCCUGCUGCAUGUAUGUGUUUUCAGUACGCACUACGUUGUGAUGUGAUGUGGUGAUGUCAGGUGGGUGUUACCGUGUGCCAAAGCUUCUUCUCGUGCAACGGGGGGGGGGGGGAUAAAGGUUCUUUAUCUUUUUGAAACCCCUCAAACAAACUCAUGCAACUUACAAAGCACAGCCUUGUCCUGCCCAUUCCACUUUUCCAGAACUUUCUUUUCAAAAUGUAUUUUCCCCUACACCCGUGACUCUGUCAAGCAACCCCCACCCCCCCUUGUUUGAAGACACAAACAAUAAGAUAUAUUAAUAAUUUAUGUAUUUAAGUUAUUAGUAGCAAUCUCUUUCUCUUUCUGUAGGCUUUUAUAAGAAUUUAGUUAGAAAUAAUUUGUUUGAGAUUUUGUUUUUAGCUUCUUUUUUUUUUUGUUUACUUUUACAUACACAAACCACAUCUAUGCUGUACAGUUUUAUUUUUAGUCAAAAGAACUGGACAUUUCAGAAACAAUAUCCUGCCUUUCUUUUAGGGGUGCUCUUGUUAUUAGGAGACCCUCGGACGUCAAAAAGAACCAAGGUCAUCGUCAUCAGCUACUUGCCUUCAAUGGACAACUGCUUUGAUAAAGCGCUGGCUUGAGAGCACUACUGCGAGAGCUACUGGACUUUUUUUCUUCUUCGCAAACCUCAGCUUUUCUUUCUGAAAACAAAAAUCAAAUGACUCUGCUGCCUUGCAAGUCUUGUCGUCACGUGUCUCGUUUGUAUGUGAACGGUAAAGAAAAGUUUUUUCACAUGUUAGUUUUAUGACUAUGCUGGUCUGGAGGGGUGUGCACUUGGGCAGCAGUUGAGAGUUGAUGGUUUUCUUGAAAAUGUACAGGGAUCGGUUGUGCACUGGGUGGCUGGCUGGGUGAGUUCAUAUUGCUGGAAUAUUAUAACGGCUACUUUGCUCGACCAAACUGAGGUGUGUAAUGUAAAUCACUGGGCAACAAGGGGAGAGUCCAGGUUCGGUAGCAAAUAGUGUUGUUGGAGACAAAGCUCUCUUCUCAAAUAUCAGAACAUAACAAAUUGGUAAUUGGUAGGUCUCCAGUUCCACCCUGGCAAGGGAUUCUAUAUAUCACUUCAGUUGGCACCAGCCAUGUCAACAACAAAAAAUGUGUCACGGUUAUGACAGGUGUUUUAGUCAUGAUCGACAUCUUCCAGUCGCCUACCCCCACAGCUUUGCCAAUGCAUUCAGUCAGUGCUUCUGUAUUCCAGGCUAGCAGAUGAUUUCAGCGUAAACCAACACGACACAUUCAGCCAUCUGGACUGCUGUUUACUCGCUCAUUUCUCUGGUGCACAAAGCCUCGUGGAGUCCCCGUCCCCCCCAUUCAAUGGUACAUUACAGUGGCCUUUUCAAGUGGGCCUCAUUCCUCCUCAUUCCCCACGUGGCGAAGUAGUGUCGUUCCGAUGUUGUUGAUGAUGACUGACGGAUGCAUUCUAGAUAGAUGCUCAAGGUGAAUGUAUGCAAACUAGGAAGGAACACUUAAGCGUGAUGCAGAUUGGACCUUUCCCACCUCCCUUCUGUUGGUGACUGGUUCCUUUUUUUAUUUUAUUUUUUAUCUAGUCUCCUCCAGAAUCAAUGGGAUGGCCCUGUAAGACUAUGUUAUUGGGGGAUUAUUUUUUUUAUUAUUAUUUUUUUAAUACCAUGUCACCCAAUAUGUUGUUUUAUAUAUAUAUAUAUAUAUAUAUAAAUAUAUUAUAUAUUCCAGUCAUAUGUGUCAUUGUGAAUUAAAGAUGACUGUUUGGUACAGUUGUUAAGUUUA